GACAGCCAGGCAGACAGACAGAGAUUCCUGGAAUUAUAGUAAGGAUUGGCGCCGUAUUGUCAUAAUUACUAUAAAAAAGAGCUAUUUGCCAACCACUUGUCCUCCAACAUACGAGUUCGUUGAUUGGGCAAUACGAUUGCUAUCUGAUACGACUAACUAGGUGAUUGGUGUUUGGUUUGAUGACACCUUUCGCAUUAUGCUCAUCAGUGCUUUAAAUCUUGUCAAACGGAGCUUAUACGUGAAUCGACAUCAAUCUGGUAUCACGAUUUGACUGACGUAGCUGCGAGUUAUACAGGUCUUCACAAUGUCCAAGCUUCUGUUGUUGGUUUUGCUGGCAUCCGUUGCCUCCUGCAUCUUGCUGGAUGAGGACAUUAAGAGCUUGGAAGAUUUGGAAGAUCUACUGCUUCGAGAUGAAAACAAGCGAGAAUACUCGGACAAGACGGAAGGACGAACACCUUUCGGCCUGUGGACUCAAUUCAACAGUGCCAGAGGAUCUCCUACGAACAGAAGACGACUCCAGAGGUUCCUUAGAAUGCUCCAGAAAAAACGCGGUCCGUUCUCGAGAAUGCUUUCAGCCGAGGACAUCCAACGUCGCAUCUCUCAAAUUAGGACCAUCUUAGGAAGGACAGAAGCAUGCGUUACUACGGCCGCGUACCGGACGCUUGACGGGACUUGUAACAACAUCGCCCAGGUAGACCAGGGAUCAAUCGACACAACACUGACACGAGUGACGCCAAUUGCGUACGAGGAUGGAUUCUCCGAACCUCGGACACAGUCCGUAGUUGACGGGGAAGCGCUGCCCAGCGCACGAGACGUAUCUCGUGCCGUGUUCGAUAACGGACAAGCGGUCAUCAGAGAGCUGACCGCACUGACCAUGCACUUUGGACAGUUGACUGACCACGACCUGACCGCAGUACACAGCCAAAGUGGAGUUGACUGUUCAGAUUGCUCGGUAGAGGGCGAGUGUUUCUCCAUUCCAAUCGAUGCGUCAGACCCCGUGUUUGGCGGCGUCCAAUCCUGCUUCCAGUUCGUCAGGUCUAGUUUCGAGACGGACUCAGCUGGUGUCCGACAGCACGUGAACUCCAUUACUACCUACUUAGAUGCGUCAUUCGUCUACGGUUCCGAUGACGCGACCGCCAGCGAAUUGGCAGAUGAUGCUGGUUUCAUGGAGCAUCAGACAGACAGCGUGACGGGCCGCGAGCUGCUGCCACCAGAUGAAGACCUGGCUGGAUGCGCCGGAGUCGACGCAUCAGCAGGAAUCUACUGCGGUAAGGCCGGUGACGGACGGGCCGCUGAGCAGCCAGGCCUCACGUCCCUACACACCCUCUUCUUACGAGAACACAACCGCAUUGCAGCACAACUCCUCAAUCUGGACCCCUCUCUGAGCGCCUAUGAUGUCUACCAGAAGGCCCGUAGGAUCGUGGGUGCUGAGUGGCAGCAUAUCAUGUACAACGAGCACCUACCGUUGAUCAUCGGAGAGAAGUUGUACAGGUCUGCGGGACUCUCACCCGACGCUCCGUACGCGUACGACCCCGCCGUAGAUGCGACCAUUUCUAAUGUCUUCGCAGCGGCUGCUUACCGCUUCGGCCACACUCUAGUGCCGUUCGACAUAACUCGUGCGACAAGCAAUUACAAGCCUACCAUAACGAAGAUUAAACUCUCGGAGGCGUUCUUCAACGCCACCUACAUGUACGACGAGUCGAUCCCUGACGGCGCUGUCGACUCCAUCCUCCGAGGUAUGACCAUUCAGAACUCGCAGGUGGUGGAUGGGCAUUUCUCGGACGCCCUCAUGGAUAACCUGUUCGGUGACCCCGAUGUGGUUGGAGAUGGUUUCGACCUCACGGCACUGAAUAUUCAACGAGCACGUGACCACGGUAUCCCCAGCUACACCACCAUCAGGACGGAUUUCUGUGGCUUUGAUGACGUCACCAGCUUCAAGGAACUUGCUGAUCAGGACAUCAUGAGGCGACCAGACGUCCAGAAUCUACGGGAUAUUUACGGGGAUGUGAGGGACAUAGAUGCUUUCGUCGGCCUCGUCCUUGAGAAAACCCUUACCAACACCCUGGUCGGACCGACCUUGGCUUGCAUCUUCGCCGAUCAGUUCCACCGACUCAAAUUCGGCGAUCGUUUCUUCUAUCUGAACUCGGACCAGUUCACUACAGCUGAGAUUAACGAGAUCAAGAAGGCCACAAUGGCAAGAUUGCUGUGCGACAAUGUCGAGGGAGUCCGAAGAAUCCAGCCGUAUACGUUCAUCCAGGCCCAAAACUUCCAGAGUCUAGCGGAUAAAGGAUACGAUUCAUUCUACGAGUACAGCAGGUCUAGUACCUGGCCUCAUCAGCGUGCUACUGUGCUGGAUGGCUUGGAUAACAGACGCGCAACUUGCACUAAGGCCGCAGGCAAGAUACCCUUCGUCGACAUCUCCCAGUUUAUCUAUUUCUGGUUGUUGCUUCUUGCGAUAAUCCCUUCCAUCGAGAUGGAUAUUCUCAGUGAGGAUCUUGGAGAACUAGAAGAACUCGAAGAUCUACUUCUAUCCGAAGACAAAAUCAAGGCCUACUCGGAUCCUCACAAAGGUCGUGAUGCCGACGCCCUCUUGCGUCAGUUCAACAGCGCUAAGCAGUCACCAGAAGCUCGAGGUAAACUCCGAGGAUUUAAGACAGAACUUCAGAAAGAUGGAAACCUCUUCUCAAAAGUGCUUUCUCAAGAUGAAACCGAGGCGCACCUUACAUCCAUAGAUAACGUCUUAAAUUCAUGCACGCCAGCCACGAGCCCUGAAUACCGACGAAUGGACGGUACUUGCAACAACCUGGCCAAGCCCGAGCAAGGUGCAGCAGAAUCGCCCAUCAUACGAGUAGUCAGGAAUGCGUAUGAAGACGGACUCUCUGCUCCCCGUACCCUGUCCGUGACCGGCCGGCCGCUGCCCAGCGCACGGGAGAUCUCCCGUCGAGUGUUUGACAACAACACCGACAUGGAAGACGGUCAAAGCUAUGACUAUACAUCAUUGGGAAUCCACAUUGGCCAACUCACUGAUCACGACAUCACUGCAGUGCACGGCACAAAUGUUGACUGUCCAGAUUGCUCGGUAGAGGGCGAGUGUUUCUCCAUCCUGAUCGACGAGUCAGACCCCGUAUUUGGCGGCGUCCAACCCUGCCUUACUUUCCGGAGGUCCGCUCAUUUCAACGACACUUCGGGUGUCCGGCAGCACACCAACUCCAUCACUGCGUACAUGGAUGCGUCAUUCGUCUACGGCUCGGAUGACGUCACUGCGGACGAUCUUGCAGACGCUGAUGGUUCUCUGAGACACCUGACUGACCAUGUGACAUACCGAGACCUACUGCCACCUGAUGAGCACCUUGCACAGUGCGCCGGAGUGAACGAGUCAUCCAAUAUCUUCUGUUGCAAAGCUGGAGAUAGUCGUGCAGCGGAGCAGCCCGGACUCACGGCCCUGCACACGCUGUUUAUGCGAGAGCACAACCGUAUUGCGGCAGAGCUCCGCGUCGUACGACCGUCUCUAACGCCCGUAGAGGUCUACCAGUCUGCCCGCAAGAUCGUGAUUGCUGAAUGGCAACACAUCUCCUUCAACGAGUACGUGCCGCAGAUUGUCGGAGACGAGCUGUACAAUGCUAAGAAACUGUCUCCGACCGCGCCGUACGCGUACGACCCCGACGUAGACGCAUCCAUCGCCAACGUGUUUGCUGCGGCUGCCUUCCGCUUCGGACAUACGGAGAUACCGGAUUACAUCAUACGAGCCACCAAGAAUUUUCGGUUGAACCUGCCGAUUAUAUGGAUGCGGGAAGCUUUCUUCAACGCUUCGUAUAUGUUUGAUGAGCGUAUCUGCGACGGCGCAGUAGAUUCCAUUCUCCGGGGUAUGGCAGUUCAAGACUUGCCAUUGGUCGAUGGGCAUCUGACGUCAGCAAUCACUGACAACUUAUUUGGAGACCCGGAUGUCAAGGGAGAUGGAUUCGAUCUUGCUUCGUUGAAUAUUCAACGGGGGCGUGACCACGGAUUGCCUAGCUACACGACCAUCAGGACAAAGUUGUGUGGAUUUGAUGACGUCACUAGCUAUUCUGAUCUGCGUGGUAUCAUAAGCAACAGUAAUUUGGAUAAACUCAUCAGUGUCUAUGGGAAUGAUGGUGUCAAGGACGUGGAUGCAUUUGUUGGGUUCAUCCUAGAGGAGCAUCUACCAAACGCCCUGGUCGGACCGACCCUGGCUUGCAUCUUCGCCGAUCAGUUCCACCGACUCAAAUUCGGCGAUCGUUUCUUCUAUCAGAACCCAGAUCACUUCACCCAAGCCCAAAUGGAUGAGAUAGCCAAGGCUAGCAUGGCUAGGCUGAUGUGCGACAACGUGGAAGCGGUCACCAAUAUUCAACCGUUCGUGCUCAUCGCCAGCAAGAACUACCAGACUACGGGUGAUGAUGAGACACAAAAUGGAGAACGACGAAAGAGAUCCUUUAAUUCCUUCUACGAGUACAGCAGGUCUGGUACCUGGCCUCAUCAGAGGCCAACCAUACUGGAUGGUUUGGAUAACAGCAGAGUCAACUGCACACUGACUGAUCAGAUACCAGUUGUUGAUAUCACUCAAUUCAUCUGAUCGGCACAAUUUCACACAUAUGUAACCCUUUCCAAUUCUUAAUUUUUUAAAACCAAAUAUGUGUCAAAGCCGUACCAAGAUUAAAUAUCAUAUAAUAUAAAGGUUAAUAUUUCCAACAAAAGGACUUGAACUUGAUAAGCAGUGUUUCUGAAGUUGCCUGUUUAUUAUCUGUUUCAAAGUACAUGUACUUUAAAUUAAAUCCAAUAAAAGUAAGUGUUUUAGUCAUUUGCGUCCAUACUUACAUAGAACAACUCGCAUUGAUGAUUACCAACAGUGGUAGUUUGGGUUUGGAAUAUAUAAACCACAAUUUACAAAAUCAUUGUAACAG